AAAAGUAGACGUGUGUAAAAAUGGAUAGAAAAUAUUUAACAUUACUAAUACUGGUUUGCUUCUCAAUAUUAGUGUUUGGUGAAGAGUGCGUGGUUUAUACAUUUGAAGAUGAUUUCGAUGAUUUGUUUUCAAACGAGAAGGGAGUUUGUCAAGGGAUGCGGAUGUGGCAAUUGGGUUACUACUCAUCUAUAUCUUUGGAAAGGCCACAUCCUUUGAGCACCACAUUUAUAUCGCCGGAAUUUUUAUUGAGCUGCGUAUCAUCAUUUACUUUCCCGAUGUCAGGUUUGGGAACUAUUGAAGUUAACCUUUACAUGGACCCUGUCUCAAAUAGUGAUCAGAUAUCUGUCGUGGUACACGAAGUAGUCCCCGGAUCGACUGCUACUGUGGUUGGUAAUAGAGGCAUAUCAGCAAUGGCCCCUGAUUUUGAAAAAGGAUGGCAUUCUAUAAGAAUACCUCUCAUCGGUUCUGGAACUUUCGAUGGUUAUGUGUCUCUUAUGGGCAUGGCGGCAAGCGGCUCUGUUGUUCUUAUUGAUUCUUUCCGUUACAUUCCACCAUUAUACGAUGAAGAACUAUGUGUAUUAUACAAUGAAUCUAAUCAUACUACAACAUCGUUUACUGAAACUGACAUUACUUCGACAACAAUAUAUACAACCAUUAAUGACACAACUACAGAAUUUGAUGAUUUCACUACAUUGGAACAAUCAACGGAAUCUCAGGCAACAACUGAAGAAUCAUUUGGUACUAUAUCAACAACAGAGGAAACUUAUUCAACAGAUUUUCCAUCUUCUAGUUCUAUACAGACGGAAGUAACGCAAUUUCCAUCGACUACAUCACAACCAGAAAUAAGUACAGAAGUGUCUACACAACAAAGUGACACAGAUUGGAAUAGUUCAACGCCAGUACAGGAGAGCACAACAACGAAACUGACGACUUAUGAGCCAACAAACACAAAUACAGAGCAAGAAUCCGAUGUAACAACACCUUCAUGGUUAGUAACCACAGAAUCAGAUUCUACAUUAGAUUCUUCCAGUCAUCCAGAAGCAAAUAUUUCUACGACCGAAACUCCUGAAGAUUACUUAACUGAAUCAACUACUACAGACAUGACAACGGAAUUCGGAUCAACGUAUACUGAAAUUUCUACACCUGAUUCGACCGAUGCAAGUUUAAUUACAGAAUCUACUGUAGUAGAUACAGAAACUACAGAAGUUAUCACUGAAUCGGAUUCAACUAUUUUAACAGAAUUCGAUAACAUAACCACACCAAUAUUGAUUACUGAAUCAACGCCAUCUUGGGAUCUUACAACAGACAUGGAAAAUUCAACAAUUAUUACUACAGAAGCAACAGAAAUUACAGGUACUGAUACCACUUCAGAAUUAUCAACUUCUUAUACAGAUAAUAUUACUGGAACAGACGUAAGCUUUUUAACUACAGAAUCCGAAGCAACGUCUACAUCUCAGGAAGAAGAAAACAAAACGAGUGUUAUUUCUACCACUGAAAUAUACAAUACUACAUUUCCCGAAAUUACUACUCAAGUUAAUGAUAGUACAACAGAAAUAAGUGACAUUGAAACUACUACUCCUGUUAUUAUUACAGAAAUAACCACACAAUCUGUUGUUAAUACAGACACUGAGAAUUGGUUAAUCAGUACGACGGAUUCGCCGUAUACCUACACAGAUACCGAUUCCAUAACGUCAGAGGCAACAUCAUCCUAUUAUACAACAGAUCAAGAAAUAUCAACUUCAGUUACAUCUGACACUACUGGUUACACACAGACUGAUAAAACAAAUUCAUUUGAAACUACGGAUACUGAAACUAUUGUGAUAACAACUAGGGAAGAUGAAAAUUCAGAAUCGACAACACCUUCAAUUGAUAGCGAGUCAAGUACACAAACUGGUUCAACCACUAACUCGUAUACAACUACACAACAGACUGAAAUAGAUACUGUAACUUUUACCCAAACUCCUGAUGACAUUGACGAUACUACGUUUCCAACAGAGUUAGAAACAACUGAAGAUGAGACAGUUACUAUCACACCUGAAUCUAAAGAGACAAGUGCCCAAACAGAUUCGGAGCAAGGAACCACUACAGUUGUGACCCCCAAUCCAAUUCCUGACAACGAUAAUUCCAACUCCAGCUUUUGGAAUGCGUUAACUAUAUCUAUGUUAGUAUUAUUAAUAAUAAUUUUAUUAAUUGUAACAGCUGCAUUCUUCUACCUAUUAGGCAAGAGAAAAGCGAAGCAGGAAACACCACAAAUUGUUUUUGCGGAUUAUGAAGACCUUCCAAAGACAAUUACAGUUCCUCGAGUGACGAAAAUUCUUGUAGAACCUAAUAACUUUAAGAAAACAAUUCCAAUCACAACAAUCAGUGGUGUUGAUACUGUUUUAAAUAACGAAAUGAUAAGCUUUAAGUGUGUAGUUUUGAUUUUGAUGUACAGUUCGGUUGUGUUGUGUGACGAAUGCGUAUCAUAUAAUUUUGAAGAAGACUUCGAGGAUCUAUUCAACAGUAAUGAAGGUGUGUGUUUAGGUAUGACGACAUGGAAUAUUGGUGACUACCGAUCGCUAGCACUAGAAAGUCUACAUCCUAGCAGUACCCAAUGUAUACUUCCAUCUGAUCAACUAAGCUGCGUCUCGUCGUUUAGAUUUACUAUGACAUCUAGAGGAACAGUAGAAGCGAAUAUAUACAUGGAGUCAUUUUCACCAAUGGAUCAGGUGUCUUUUGUCGUCAAUGAAAUAGUACCGGGUGGAAACGAUGCUGCUGUUGGCACUGUUGUGUUAUCCUCAAUGGACCCUAACUUCGUAAAUGGAUGGCACGUCUUAAGAGUUACAUUAACUGGACGAGGCACAUACGACGCUUUCAUUACAUUUUUAGGAUUAUCGGGACCAUUUUCUACAGUUCUUAUUGAUUCAUUCCGGUAUAUACCACCACUAGUAGACCCAGAAGAAUGUAUAAUAUACGAAAAUGUUACAUCAACUACGCAAGGAAUCGAAAGUACAGUAACGUUAGAAAAUACAGGAUCGACUCCAGAAGAAAUUGCAAGCACAACAUUGACAUCAGUAACGAAUACGGAUCAAAGUACAUCAUCAAUGUUGGAUACAGAGUCAACAACGGAAACAAAUUUUGAAAUCACAAGAUCAACUCCAUCAAUUGAGGAAACUGAUGGUACAACUACUUUUAUACCCGAAGAAUCUACCGCAGAAAGCACAAUAACCUCGGAACCAACAGACGUAACUGUAUCCCAAUCGAUAAUCGAUACGGACUCCACAACCGUAACAUCAACAUUUUCUGUUAGUACAACUACUGAAAUUGUUACAGACGUAGAAAGUACAACACCUAUCUUGUCCACAACAGAAAGCAUAAUACCGACUGAGCUAACAACAUCGCAAUCUAUUUUAGAUACCGACUCAACAACUGAAACUUCAACUUUCUCUGGCAGUACUACUACUGACAUAACUGACGUAGAAAGUACAACAUCCGAGUUGUCUACAAUAGAAAGCACAAUACUGACUGAACAAACAUCGCAGUCAGUAUUAGAUACCGACUCAACAACUGCAACUGCAAUUUUUUCGGAUAGUACGACGAGUGAUAUGGUAACUGAUAUGGAAAUUACAACACCAGACGUAUCAACAACAGAAAGCACAAUACAGUCUGAGCUAACAACAUCUCAAUCUGUGUUAGAUACUGAUUCAACAACUGCAACUUCAAUUUUCUCUGAGAGUACGACGGGUAAUAUGGUAACUGAUGUAGAAAGUACAAUCCCAGAUGUGUCUACAACACAGAGCACAUUACAGCCUGAGCUAACAACAUCUCAAUCGGUGUUUGACACCGAUCCCACAACUGCAACUUCAAUUUUCUCUGAGAGUACGACGAGUAAUAUGGUAACUGAUGUAGAAAGUACAAUUCCAGAUGUAUCAACAACAGAGAGCACAAUACACUCUGAGCUAACAACAUCUCAAUCGGUGUUAGAUACCGACCCAACAACUGCAACUUCGACUUUUUCUGACAGCACGACAAGCGAUAUGGUAACUGACGAGGAAAUUACAACACCAGACGUAUCAAUAACAGAAAGCACAAUACAGUCUGAGCUAACAACAUCUCAAUCGGUGUUAGACACCGACCCAACAACUGUUACUUCAAUUUUCUCUGAGAGUACGACAAGCGAUAUGGUAACUGAUGUAGAAAGUUCAACACCAGACGUAUCAACAACUGAAAGCACAAUACAGUCUGAGCUAACAACAUCUCAAUCGGUGUUAGAUACUGAUUCAACAACUGUAACUUCGAUUCUCUCUGAGAGUACUACUAGUAAUAUGGUAACUGACCCAGAAAGUACAAUCCUAGACGUGUCUACAACUGAGAACACAAUACAGUCUGAGCUAACAACAUCUCAAUCGGUGUUAGACACCGACCCAACAACUGUAACUUCAAUCUUCACUGAGAGUACGACAAGCGAUAUGAUAACUGAUGUAGAAAGUUCAACACCAGACGUAUCAACAACUGAAAGCACAAUACAGUCUGAGCUAACAACAUCUCAAUCGGUGUUAGAUACUGAUUCAACAACUGUAACUUCGAUUCUCUCUGAGAGUACUACUAGUAAUAUGGUAACUGACCCAGAAAGUACAAUCCUAGACGUGUCUACAACUGAGAACACAAUACAGUCUGAGCUAACAACAUCUCAAUCGGUGUUAGACACCGACCCAACAACUGUAACUUCAAUUUUCUCUGAGAGUACGUCGAGUAAUAUGGUAACUGACGUAGAAAGUACAAUUCCAGAUAUAUCAACAUCAGAAAGCACAAUACACUCUGAGCAAACAACAUCGCAAUCCAUAGUUGAUACCGAAUCAACAUCUGCAAGUUCGAUCUAUUCCGAAAGUACAACUGAUGUAGUGACCACAUCAGAAAAUAUAUUAGAAACAGGCAGUACAACUAAUAACUAUGCCUCCAGUACGUUCACUACAGAUUCGACGUCUACACAAAUAACUGAUGAAAAUACAUCAGAAUUUUGGAGCACUAGUGAUGUAACAACAACUUCAUUAGACAUAUCUAAUACUGGCACAACUGAUGUUGAUAAAAGUACAGCUUCCGCAACUGAAAAUCCUAAUUUUACUGAAAAUACCGAAACAACUAUUACGCAAACAGUUACAAACACUGAAUUAGAAUUUAGUAGUAUUUCAACUAGUACCGACGAAAUUAACUCGACAAGUGAAAUAACAGAAACGCCCCAAGAUUCCACAAACACUCCUACCGUAUUCGAAAAUACGUCCCACACACAAACAGAAUCAUCGGCGACUAAUGAAGAGGUAACUGGAACAGAAAGUACUACUACUUCAUUCUAUACUACGUCUGAUUUCACAUCGAAUGAUGAUUUAACGACAAACCACUACGACAAAAGCACUUACAGUACAACAGUAUCUGAAAGCACGACUCAAGAUGAAACCACAACUGAACAAGACACAGAAAAUCCCGAUAGCACCAGAAGCUUCUGGACUCCUCUAACAAUAGUUUUAUUAACACUUCUCAUAAUCUUGUUACUGGUUUUGUUCUGCGCCUGUUUUUACAUUAUCGGCUUGAGGAGACAACGAAGAAAGUUCUCAACAGACUUUGAAUCGUUUACUGACUAUGAGGACUUACCACGACCUAUAGUUUUGCCUCGUGCGAGAAGUCCACAUGGUGAUUAUAGCACUAGAAGUACGCCAUAGGAUAUUUAUUACUGAUUUAUUUAUUUUUCUCGAUUUUGUAUAAUUAAA